UUAGAGGUGGACGUCUGGUUCCUAUCACCACUAGUUCCUAUCACCACUGUUCUAGUUGAUCUAGAACAGUGCGUUUCACUCCAAACUGCUCUGAACGACUUUGUUUAGCAUUUUAUCAUGCAGAAAUGAGGUGACGUCCUCUGCAUUGUAUUUUAAAUGUGCAGGUAUGAAUACUGGCCCAAGAGUUUCUUCGGAAAUUUAGGAGUGCCUGGACCCAAACCUCUCCCACUGCUGGGAAGCAUGUUAGAGUACAGAAAGGUGAGUUUAUAGAGGAUAAAAGUUUGUCUCUGUUUCAGUGGGAUAGUUAUUAUUUCACAUACUUAUUAAUCAAUAUUUAUUUUUAUACAACUAAUUCUAAAACAUUCAGGGUUUCCAUGUGUUUGAUUUGGAGUGUUUAAUGAAGUAUGGGAGAUUUGGGGGAUAUAUGAAGGGAGAACACCUUUACUCUGUGUUCUGGACAGAACCAUCAUGAAAUCAGUGCUCGUUAAAGAAUGUUAUUCGCUCUUCACCAACAGACGGGAUUUCGGUCUGAAUGGUCCGCUGUAUGACAUCCUGUUUGUGACCAGAGACGAGGACUGGAAGAGAAUCCAGAACAUUCUCUCUCCGUUUCACCUGCGUAAGACUGAAGGAGAAGGUCUGAGUGAUCAUGAGAUUUUAUCUCAAUCCAUCUCCUUCAUCUUUGCUGGUUAUGAGACGAGUAGCACCACACUGUCCUUCUUCUUCUACAACAUGGCCACCAACCCAGAAACGAUGAAGAAACUUCAAAAAGAGAUCAAACAGACCUUCCCCAAUAAGGUGAUGAACUCUGUAUCCUAUCACACAUUCAUCAUACCUACACAUACAGAAAAAUAAAGAACUGUGUUCCUGGGAGAAGAGGUCAAAGCCAUUGAAAUCAACUGAAAACUUUCAUAUGAAACAGUAUUUGUUGUUAUGUGGGUAGAACCUGUAAAGAAAAGUGUUCUUGUGAUUUUAGUCACAGAACAGAGAUUGUGAGCCAGGCCCUCUCGUCUAACAUCAGUACCUGACCUCACAAAUGCUCUUUAGACUGAAUGAGCACAAAUUCCCACAGACACUCUCCAAAAUCUUCCCAGAAGAGUGGAAGCUGUUAUAGCUGGCCAACUCCAUAUUAAUGCCCAUGGUUUUGGCAUGGGACGUCCAAAAGACUCGUAAUCAGUGGUGGACAGUAACUAAGUAAAUGUAAUUCGUUACCGUACUUAAUUAGUUUGGUGACUUUUUACUUUCACUCCACUACAUU